GCAGCCAGCCAGCCAGAUCGUGAGCGUGCGUACGUAGUGGUGCUGAUGUGAUCAGCCGGAUUUCACUCUGUGGAGAUCCGAGCCUUAAAACGUGUCAACAGCAUUUCUGUCACUGGAUUUACAAUCGGAAACGAAUCUAAUCGAAUGCGAAACGAAUCAUCAGUAUCUUAACGCUGCGGCACUCCUUAUAUCCUAUGGCGCACACGGGCGAAGUUGUGAUAUGUGGGAGUUGCUACCUUGUUUCGGUAGCCGUAGUGACAGCUGCAGGAGCCCUGGUGUGAGUGGUGCGAGAAGGAGUGUCUGCGCGGCGGCGGCGGCGGCGGCGGCAGUGAAGAGUGAUGGCAGCAGAGAAGGCGGAUGCAGAUAGGACUUGCCCUCUCCGCCGUGCACAUCACUGACUGAAGGUCCGCGGAGACGGGGUGUGAACUUGGAUGUUUAGCUCAUGUCUUUGGCCACAGUGACUCUUUAUUUCUGUGAUUGCUGCUUCGACGUCUCCCGCGCUCACGUUUAUUAGGUAUAUCUCACGCCGAGCGUAGCUUCCCCCCCCAGCCCCCCUCCCUCCUGUCAAUCAUAUCUCACUGGAUUUCUACAUGAGUGCAUGACUCGCGGGGCAGGGCGGAUCUGCUCAAGAGGUGGACGGAUGCCGGUUGAUAUGGAAAGGUCAACCAUCAACUCAUCGUUCCGAUUCCAGUGAUCAGCUAUAGCUUGUGCUGUAGAAUUGUGCAGCAGAAGCAUCGAAGAUGAUGUGCGAAGUGAUGCCCACCAUUACAGAGGGGGACUCGGGUGGUCCUCCGAGGACCGCCGGCGGGGUACAAAAUGGGUCGGAGCAGGAGGCCAACUUCGAGCAGUUGAUGGUCAACAUGUUGGACGAGAGGGACAAGCUGCUGGAGUCCCUCCGGGAGACCCAGGAGACGCUCAUACACUCGCAGACCAAGCUGCAAGGCGCGCUGCACGAGAGGGACGUACUUCAGAGGCAAAUUAAUGCCGCGCUACCUCAGGAGUUUGCCACCCUGACCAAGGAGCUGAAUGUGUGCCGGGAGCAGCUUCUGGAGAAGGAGGAGGAGAUAUCUGAGCUGAAGGCCGAGAGGAACAACACCAGACUGCUGCUGGAGCAUCUGGAGUGUCUGGUGUCGCGACACGAGCGCAGUCUGAGGAUGACGGUGGUGAAGAGGCAGGCCCCUCCCCCGUCUGGGGUCUCCAGCGAGGUGGAGGUCCUCAAAGCCCUCAAGUCCCUCUUUGAGCAUCACAAGGCCCUGGAUGAGAAGGUCCGGGAGCGGCUCCGAGUGGCACUUGAGAGGGUAGCCACACUGGAGGGUCAGUUAGCCACCACCACCACAGAGUUGACCCUGGUGAGACAACGCCAGCAUGGACACUCAGAGGGAUCCAAGCCAACAUGGAAGAGACUUCCCAACGGCUCCAUCGACGCCCAUGACGACGGUAACCGGGCGGCGGAGCUCCAGGAGCUGCUGGAUCGGACCAAUCAGGACCUGGCCCAGAGCCGCGAGCGCUCCACCACCAUGAACGGGCGCCUGGCCGAGCUGGAGGUGGAGCUGGCCAACACCCGGCGGGAGCUGAGCCGCAGCGAGGAGCAGUCCCUCAAACAGCAGCGGGAGCAGAGAGAGAGAGAGGACAUGGAGGAGAGGAUCACCACGUUAGAGAAGCGCUACCUGGCAGCCCAGCGCGAGACCACACACAUCCACGACCUCAACGACAAGCUGGAGAACGAGCUGGCCACCAAGGACUCACUGCACCGACAGAGCGAGGAGAAGGUGCGGCAGCUCCAGGAGAUGCUGGAGCUGGCGGAGCAGCGGCUGGCCCAGACCCUGAGGAAGGCGGAGACGCUGCCCGAGGUGGAGGCUGAGCUGGCCCAGAGAGUGGCGGCGCUCUCCAAGGCUGAGGAGCGCCAUGGCAACGUUGAAGAGCGCCUCCGACAGCUGGAAUCGCAACUGGAGGAGAAAAACCAAGAACUCGGAAGGGCUCGUCAGCGGGAGAAGAUGAACGAAGAGCACAACAAACGUCUGUCGGACACGGUGGACCGCCUGCUGACCGAGUCCAACGAGAGGCUGCAGCUGCACCUGAAGGAGCGCAUGGCCGCCCUGGAGGACAAGAAUUCUCUGAUCCAGGACCUGGAGAACUGCCAGAAACAACUGGAGGAGUUCCACCACACUCGGGAGCGUCUGAUAGGGGAGAUCGAGAAGCUGAGGAACGAGAUCGACCAUCUGAAGCGGCGCAGUGGGGCGUUUGCAGAUGGGAGUCACCCACGCUCUCACCUGGGCAGCGCCAGUGAUCUCCGCUACUCCAUGGUGGAGAGCCAGGACGGCCACUACAGCACCACCGUCAUCAGACGAGCACAAAAGGGCCGGCUGGCUGCGCUGCGAGACGAGCCCAACAAGGUGUUGGCCAUCUUUGAACAGGACUUCCCCUCGCUGCGCGGGAGCGUCACUCACCUCCUCGGCAGCGACAUCGAGGCCGAAUCAGAUCUGGAUGACGACGUUAGCUCCGCCCUCCUCUCCCCGAGUGGCCAAUCCGACGCACAGACCCUCGCGCUCAUGCUUCAAGAGCAGCUUGACGCCAUCAAUGAGGAGAUCAGGAUGAUCCAGGUGGAGAGGGACUCCGCAGAGCUGCGCUCGGACGAGAUCGAGUCCCGCGUCAACAGUGGCAGCAUGGACGGUCUCAACGUGACGCUCCGCCCCCGAGCCCUGCCCACCUCGGCCACCGCCCAAUCACUGGCCUCGUCCACCUCCCCGCCCACCAGUGGGCGCUCUACACCAAAACAUCACGCGCGCAACGCCAGCCACCAGCUGGGCAUCAUGACUCUGCCCAGCGACCUGAGGAAGCACCGCAGGAAAGUGGCCUCCCCGACGGAGGUGCGCGAGGACAAGGCCACCAUCAAGUGUGAGACGUCCCCCCCCUCGUCCCCCCGUAGCCUGCGGCUGGAGACCAACUUCGCCCAGCUCACCGGCAGCCUGGAGGACGGCCGAGGCAACAAGCAGAAGAAAGGCAUCAAGUCGUCCAUCGGCCGUCUGUUUGGGAAGAAGGAGAAGGGACGCAUGGAGCAGGCGGUCGGGAGGGAGGGUCAGCCUCUUCCUCCUGUACCAGGUACAGCUGUCUGUGUGUGCGAUGACUUUGAGAUGAGCAUCGGAGACACCAUGACUCUGGGGAAGUUGGGCACCCAGGCAGAAAGGGACCGCAGGAUGAAGAAGAAACAUGAGCUGCUGGAAGAUGCCAGGAGGAGGGGUCUGCCGUUCGCCCAAUGGGACGGCCCAACCGUUGUCUCCUGGCUAGAGCUGUGGGUGGGCAUGCCGGCCUGGUACGUGGCGGCGUGCCGGGCCAACGUGAAGAGCGGGGCCAUCAUGUCGGCGCUGUCGGACACGGAGAUCCAAAGGGAGAUCGGCAUCAGCAACCCGCUGCACCGCCUCAAGCUGCGCCUCGCCAUCCAGGAGAUGGUUUCCCUCACCAGCCCCUCGGCCCCGCUCACCUCCAGAACGUCCUCCGGAAAUGUGUGGCUGACUCACGAAGAGAUGGAGAACCUGGCCUCCUCCACUAAAGCGGAGAGUGAGGAGGGCAGCUGGGCACAGACGCUGGCUUACGGCGACAUGAACCACGAGUGGAUCGGCAACGAGUGGCUGCCCAGCCUGGGUCUGCCCCAAUACCGCUCGUACUUCAUGGAGUGCCUGGUGGACGCCCGCAUGCUGGACCACCUCACCAAGAAGGACCUGCGGAGCCACCUGAAGAUGGUGGACAGCUUCCACAGGGCCAGCCUGCAGUAUGGGAUUAUGUGCUUGAAGAGACUCAAUUACGACAGGAAAGACCUGGAGCGCCGAAGAGAGGAUAGCCAACAUGACAUGAAAGACAUGCUGGUGUGGACCAACGAGCAGGUGAUCCACUGGGUGCAGUCCAUCGGCCUGAGGGAGUACAGCGGUAACCUGCUGGAGAGCGGGGUCCACGGGGCGCUGGUCUCCCUGGACGAGACCUUUGACUACAGCAGCCUGGCGCUCAUCCUGCAGAUUCCCAUGCAGAACACACAGGCGCGGCAGGUUCUGGAGCGGGAGUUCAACAACGUGCUGGCCCUGGGCACCGACCGCCGGCUAGAAGAGUGUGGGGACGACAAGACGUUCCGCCGCUCCCCGUCGUGGCGCAAGCGCUUCCGCGCGCGGGAGGGGGGCGGGGGCAUGGGGAUGAUGGCGGGCUCCAUGGAAACGCUUCCCGCCGGCUUCCGCAUGCCCUCCAUGUCCAUGCCCCCCUCCAUGUUGUUGGGGAACAAGAAACAGCACCAGCCCGAAGCUCCUCCCCCUGCGCCUCCGAGGCUCGACCCCUCCACCGUAAGGACCUACUCAUGCUAACUCUUCUCUGCUAACUCACAGGCGUGCUAAUGCUGAACAGUGCAUUCUCAUUACUUGUAUGGACACACGCUUGCGGCCUUUCGAGAGUGAUAUGCCAAAUCUGUGGAGGGCAGCCCUUAGUGCCAGAGGGGUGUCAUCGCGGAGCCCCCCCCCCCUCUGUGUCCAGCCUCACCUCUCACCUUUCACCUCUCACCUCUCUCCCUCCGGACAUGUGCAAUACAGAGUACAAACUCUGACCUCCCGGAGCUUACUUGACCUUUUGAGCGCGCUCGGCGGUCGCUCCGCCCGGUCUCGCGGCUGUGAAGGAGGUUUCUCGGACCUCGGUCUCUCUCCCAGUUUAACCCCAGUUCUCCCAGUAGCCUUGUUAUUGUGAUCUUGUGAUUCUGCUCCCCAUUGAGUUUCAGUUGUGGGUCCUUAUACCGGUUUCGGGUGUGUGGGGGUUUCGACCUCGAUCCAAACCAACACUGCUGCUGCCACCGUCCGACUAGUACAGUGGUGGUGGAGGGACAUUGAAACAGACUUAAUAGGAAUGAAUCUUAAAGCUGAAGUGUGUUGGGGCGGGGGGGGGGGUGGUAGCAUGGUGUUGAUCUGGAUUUGGGAAUAGACCUGUGUAAAUGGCAUAAUCCUGGUGCACAUAAUCCCCUUUCGGUUAUGCAAGGUAUUAACUCAUUUAUCAUCCCUGUACAUAAAAUGGAUGACUUAUGUUUUUUAUAGAAAUAUAUUGGAAAUAUAUAUAUAUGGAGAAUAAUAUAAUGUACUUGCUGUAUGAAACCCAAUGCCCUGUAUUCGGUAGUGACUGUUCUAUUUCUCACCUUUCUUCUCUCUGUGAUGGGCCUUUCGUGUGUCUACUUCUGUAUGCCGUUGAUGUGUGGAUCUCUUUCGUGGGGGUGUUAUGGAGAGUGGUAACUCUGUGUGAAAACUACAAGGACACUUCACAGGUUCAUGGGUCCAACUCUCUACUGCUCGACUCCAUUUUCUUCUUUCCUUUUUUCUCCCUUUGCCUCCUCUUUUCAAACUAUGUAGCUGUUACCACUCUCUCUCUCUCUCUCUCUCUCUCUCUCUCUCUCUCUCUCUCUCUCUCUCUCUCUCUCUCUCUCUCUCUCUCUCUCUCUCUCGCUCACUCUCUCUCACUCUCUCUUUCUAUCUUUCUUCCCCCUUUGUAUGACACUAUGUAGCCUAGAGUAGAGCGAAUCUCUUAAUAUGUACUAGAGUGCGCGUGUUUGUGUGAGUGAGUCAAUGAAACCUAAUCCUUUUUCUCGGUGAUAGUAGGGGAUGCGUGUGAGAUGCCGGGCCAGGCCAUUGAGCUUCCUCCGUGGGGUGUGUGACAACUGUAGCUCCUCCUCUUUGUUGACUUGUUGACUUCCUUUAAAAACCACAAAAAAAAAAGAAUCAAACUGUCCACUGCUGCUUGGCGUCAGCCAAUGACUUCGACACAUUAAACUGCUUCACUUGACGGAGACAACCUGCUCUGACGUCGUCCGUCUCGCCACUCUUUUGAGAUCAGUUGCCAUGGAUAUUACAGUCGCGUGCGCACAGGAGUGGUCGUUUUCCUUCACAGGCAGACCUCCUCGUCCAAUGAGAUCAUGGCAAUUUUGGUGAACCAUCGAAGCGUUGGAUGCGUGUAUAAUAUAUUUUUAUUUUAUUUUACAACCGUUUUUUUCAAAGUGUCUAAGAGGUGUACUGUGCUAUGUGGCAGCUAUGAGUACUGUAUGUGUGUCUAUUCCAGGUGUGAAAUGAUGCUGACAAAUCAAGAUUUUAUUAUUUGGCUAUUUAAAAGUGUACUGUAUUUAUGACAAUAUAUAGACAUAAAGUAAAGUUGUUUUCUAAA